AUGGAGGCGCAGUCCGCAAGUGCGACCGCGACUUCCGUUCGGCGUUUGCGUCGAGAGCUGCAACUGAUCCAACAGUCGCCCAACUCGCAGGUGGCUGUCAAACCUUCAAGUUCUUCCUUGCUAGAGUGGCAUUUUGCACUGCAUUCCCUUCCCGCAGACACUCCAUACAGCAGCGGUUGCUACCAUGGCAGGCUGCUGUUUCCUGCCAACUACCCACAUGCACCACCAACAGUGGUCAUGGUCACUCCAAGCGGACGUUUGGAAGUUGGCUGCCGCCUUUGUCUCAGCAUGACGGACUUCCAUCCGGAGAGCUGGAACCCUGCGUGGUCUGUCGACACAAUUCUGACUGGCCUCUUGUCGUUCUUCCUCUCUGAUUCGGAGUCCGGCUAUGGUUCUGUCCAAUCGUCAGAUGAGCAGCGAAGACAGCUGGCGCGGUCGUCAUGGGCUCACAAUGCAACAGACCCAGACUUUGUACAGCUUUUUCCGGAGCUUAUGGAGCCACCUGAGAGGCGGGCCUCAACUGCACAGGGAAGCAGUCAAGAGCGGGCAGCACACAUGCAGGCUCGGGAAUGCUGGAUCUGCCGGGACGUUGGCUCCGAGCCAUUGAUCCAUCCCUGUGCUUGUCGAGGGUCAAUGAGUGGUGUGCAUGCUUCUUGCGUUGAGCAGUGGAUGCGACACCAGCGCCAAGCCGGAGGGGGCGGAAGCCGUCCACGCUGCAGCAUUUGUCGUGAAGCGUACUUGGGCCAAGAAGUGCGGCCUGGCCUGAGUAGCUUUGUGUUUCACUAUGCUUCAGACUUUGGCGGCCAGCUCAUCCGCAGUGCCCUCCUGGUGGCGAUGCUGCUGGGUUUCCAGGACUGCUGGCGCGGCAAGGAGGCAGCGCUUCCGCUACCUGCCAGCAUAGCCUUCAUUCUCAUGUUUGGAUGUGUGAUACUGCAUAAGUUCGCGGUGUUGGCAGCCUCACUGCCUUUGCACAGACCGCCUCCGCGCUCACCUCGAGCUCAGCGAUUUCACACGUCCGACCCGCAAAAACUGGCAAGAAAUUCUGCAGAGGCACUGACCACAAUCUGUGUACUGGCAGUCUGGUACAUGCGUGGAGAAUUGCCAUUUGUCGCGUUUUUGCCUUUCGGGAUCGUGGGCGUUUGCUUUGUGCUUGCCUCAUCUUGCCUCAUCGCGGGCCUCAGUGACUCACUGUUUCCCGUGAGUUGA